GUGUUUUUGGACUCGGAAUGAUGCAGUUAGCAGAACGAUGCUUCACUUCCAGCGCCAGCCUGCCCAAACCUUUCUACAGCUUGUCCUCGUCCCCGGAAAGUCAGAGCCCGGCGUCCUCGCAGCUCGAAUUCGCGGAGAGCGAGCGGGCGGACAGUCUGCAGGACACCACCGGCGCCAUCCACAAGAAGUUCGCUGCCGGCUCCGGGAUGCUGACGGACAACCAGAGCCACAGCUUCAGCCCGGCCAAAGUAGGGGCGCCGGCGGCCGGAGACCGCGCCAAGGGCUCGCCGUCUGGGCCGGCCGAGGAAGACUUGGCCGAAGUUCGCUACAGCCUGGACAGUCUGGGGCCCGAACGGUAUUUCCUGUCUCCCGUGGCCCCGCAGAACCUGAGUCCCGGCCACCAGCAGCAGCCCCAGCAGCAGCCCCAGCAGCAGGGAGCUCCUAACCCCGGCUCCUUGCUGCCUUACCCCGGGCAACACCCCUCACCAGCGUUCCCGGUGAACGGGGCCAGCCGCUACCUGAGCCCUCACUCCGUGCUGAGCAACGGCGCCUACAAUCCCAUUCUAACCGCGGCCGGUGCCCCGGCGCUCGGCCCCUCGGCUUAUCCAGCGUACCCCGGCUCAGGGCGCUCCCAGUAUGGACACGGCUACCAGGGCGGCCCGCUCUAUCCGCAGUACAGCCCCAGCAUCCCGCACCCCACCCGGGCGCAGGUCUACCUCUGCAAUCGGGCACUUUGGCUGAAGUUUCACCGGCACCAGACCGAGAUGAUCAUCACCAAACAGGGCAGGCGUAUGUUCCCCUUCCUGAGUUUCAAUAUUUCUGCUCUCAACCCAACCGCUCAUUACAAUGUGUUUGUGGAAGUUGUGUUGUCCGAUCCCAAUCACUGGCGAUUUCAAGGUGGAAAAUGGGUGACUUGCGGAAAAGCGGACAACAACAUUCAAGGUAACAGAUCUUAUGUCCACCCUGAGUCUCCAAACACUGGAGCUCACUGGAUGAGACAAGAGAUUUCCUUUGGGAAACUUAAACUGACUAACAAUAAGGGCGCAACCAACAACAGCACUCAGAUGGUUGUAUUGCAGUCCUUGCACAAAUACCAACCACGCCUUCAUAUAGUGGAGGUGAAUGAGGAUGGUGUGGAGGACAUAUCUGAGUCUUCAAAAACACAAACGUUUACUUUCCCCGAAUCACAGUUCAUUGCUGUCACUGCCUACCAGAACACUGAUAUUACCCAGCUCAAGAUAGAUCACAAUCCUUUUGCCAAAGGUUUCAGAGACAACUAUGAUUCUAUGUUCACUACUCCAGAAAAUGACAGAUUGACCCCAUCUCCCACGGAUUCACCCCGGUCCCAUCAGAUAGUGCCUGGGGCACGUUAUGCCAUGCAACCCUUCUUCCAGGAUCAGUUUGCCAACAGCAUACCAUCAGCCCGGUUCUACAAUGGUGAACGUGCAGUGCCCCAAACAAGUGGCAUCCUGUCCCCACAACAAACCGAGGAGUCCAGCAAUCCUCCCCAGAGGUGGUUUGUCACCUCCGUGCAACAGCCUGGCACCAAUAGGUUGGACUUUACCUCUUACGAUGCAGAUUAUGCUGCCAAUGCCUUGCUGCCCUAUGGUCUCAAGCCUUUACCCAUUCAGUCAGCUCAUUCUCUGAGCUAUUAUCCUGACCCAACAUUUGGUUGGGGCUCCAGGAGUUCCCAAUACCAGAGAAAGAUAACCUCUGGGCUAACAUGGUCCUCCAGAACGAGUCCACCAGCUUUCCCUGAAGAUCAAGUAUUGUCCUCCGAGGACAAGGCAAGGGAAGAAGCCAACUCACCUUGGAUUGAAACCCCACCAUCCAUUAAAUCCAUGGACUCAGACUCUGGACUCUAUGAAAAUGCCUGCAAAAGAAGAAGGGUUUCAGCUGGCAACUCAAGCAGUGAAAGUUCACCAACAAUUAAAUGUGAGACAAUUACUUCGAAAGAGUAUAACAAGGAUGGUGCAAAAGCGAUGGGCUACUAUACUUUCUACACCAGCCCUUAAGGUAUUCCCGAGAUGUUUGUUUGUAUAUAUCCAAUCCAUUCACCAAAUGUCGAAAUGGUCUUAGGAGUGCCAAAAAGACUGAAGCUUCCUUCCACCUUAAGAACUGACCUUGUACAGUGUAAUAGUGCAAUCAAAUUUUUAAGAAGGUGCCAAAGCUAUCUGAUGCUGUAAGCGAUAAGAUGGAGAAAUUCUAGCUAAGCCUGGUCUAAUGUGAUGUCCCAUAAUAUAUAGUAUUAACUUUAGGAGGAAUUUCUUGGUGGGUGGGGCUUAAAUACCAGAUUGACGUUUACUGUAUGUGGUUUUAUUUAUUUGACAAUACAAAUAUGUACAGUUCCUGUUCUUUAUAGUCUACUGUAGAAUGGGUGCAGUAUGGUGUAAAAGAAAAUGACAGUGUUAGUUCAAUGAAUAAAACCCAGUCCUUUCCAAUUCCAUUAAUAUGUACAGAUGAAGCAAAAACAGCAUUUUCAAGCAUUACAUUUUUUCAAAAGCAAUAAAAUAAGAUUGGUUCAGACUGCAAAAUUUCAGCUUUCCAAGGGAUACUGUGAGAAGGCAACUAAAGGCUUGAUAAAUGCACAGCUAAUGCACUUAUAAUUCUGACCAUUUCCCAUCCUCAUUCACAUAACAGAAAUAGAAUAGUGAGAGACCUGUUGGCACCUUAGUUACAAAUUUAUCAGGCUUGUGGUGGUCACUUGACUGUAAUUGUGGACAUUAAAAUCUCACACAUAAUUCAAAUCAUUCUUCAAGUAACACGAUGUGCUUAAAAGUUUCAGCAUAAAUGCGCCUCGGCAAAUUCAGACUUUUUUGCCUUGGACAAACAUUUAUUUUUGUGCGUGCAAUUACCCUGUUAUGUACCUGCUGAACGUAGAUCAUUUUACAUCAGUCUGAAAUGAUCUUGGAAUGUUAUUUGCUACGAGUUUAAAAACAAACAAAUCAGGGCUUAAUUAAAAGAUGGCGUCGGUAUGUGGUUUAUUUGCAAAAUAAAAGUACUAGAUUUUCAAGAAUUGGUUAAAAUGCAGCGGUAAUGAAAUCCCUUUACUGGCUUCUUGAGAAAUGGUUAUCUCGCUGAUUAUUUCCAAAUUAUGCAUUCUAAGUAGAAAGAGCAGACAACAAGAAAUAACGAAAUGUUUCUGUAAUAUUUUUGAUUGUUGGAACAAUCAUCGGGGGGAAAUUCCGCAUAAAAAUGUUGUGUAAAACCGCCCUGUUUUCUGAGGAAGGCUUAAUUCCAACAAAGAAGACAGCAAUCAGGAAAGCAUAAUCUCAUUGACUGGAAAUGGUGCAAAUGUUUCACAAUUGACAACACGUUUAAAUCAUAGCUCAUGCAGGGCCGGUCGGGGAGACUGACGACUUUUGUGUGUGUGUGUGUGUGUGUUUUAAUCGACACAUCGUCGAAAGCAUUUAGCUGCUGCGUUCCUUUGGUGAAUGAAAUGCGCGUUCGUAUAUGCUCUCUCCAUCCGGUUUGACCAGUGCGAAAUCUCUGUCGCUUUGCAAUCUCACCUUCAACGCAGUUACACUUUAAUCGUCAUUCUUGCAGUUGUGGAAAAUUUCUGUUUAUUUUGGUCCUGCCUUGUACCCGGGUCGCACUCUUUGAUUAUUUUUGUUUGGUUUACGUCCUUCAAAAACAGUUAAAUCAAAUGCCUCUGAACUGCGUUCCGAAACUGCAAAACCACACGAACAAUGGAAGAAGCCUUAAAAGCAAAAUAAAAUGCUCGCGGGAAGUGGAGGCUGGUAUCAGUUUUCCCUUAUUCCUGUGUGCAGCGAUAUUGUGUGGUUGGCACAAAAUUUCCAAACUAGGUUCUUGUUCAGAGGAAGGGUCACUGAACCUGAAACGUUAACUCUGAUUUCUCUGCAUAGAUUCUGCCAGACCUGUUGAACUUCUCCAGCAACUUCUGUUUUGGCUUCUUGUGAAUUUAGACAGCGCCUGUCAACUUAUUUUGGGGAUGGGUGUUGGGAGCUUGAUGGCGCUUAUUAAAAAUGCUAUAUAAACGCAGGGGGAGGGGUGUCUGCAAGCGCCACCUUGUGGCGGCUCGGAAGGAGCGCUCAGAAUAAAGGGCGCGCCUCCAUAUCAAUUCAGUGGUAUUCAUUCUGUAGGGGUUGGGGUCUCACCUUCCCCGGGAAGUGUGGCACACCGCUUCCAUCCAGGCUGAUGCAAGACAAUUGCCAAUCGAUUCAGUGUAGUGCAACCACCUUAUAAUCUACUAUUGUCCACUUUGCAGUCUCGUCCCUUCCUAUAAUUUGGUGUGUGCUCCCGUUGAAUUCAAGUGAAAAUCUUGGAAAGGUACAAAAUCGGGGUGAACAUUUCGCAAACUUAGCGCCACACUUAGCGUCGAGGGUGUGAUACUGGAAAAGCACAGCAGGUCAGGCAGCAUCCAAGAAGCAGGAAAAUCGACGUUUCGGGCAUGAGCCCUUCAUUUAGAUAUUGGCAUGUUCACGCCUUGAUCCGAUUUGACCCUUUUUACUGGUGUGGCGUUAAAUAAAGUGAGUACAGUCCAAUGUAGCACAUCAUCUGCAAUACAUCGGGCACAACGACUAUUCAUCCCCUUUUGCAGUAUUUAACAAUUAGAGGACAAGAAAUACUUUAAAUUGACGGAAUGUGUGUGGCAUCUAAAGUAAACAGUGUUUGUCCUCUGUUCACUUAGGGAUCCUCUGGGUUCCCACAUCAACAGGCAACUCAGGCAGCGUGUGUAUUGACAGGAAAAUAAGAUCACUUCUCUGGUUCACCUUUAGUCCCUGUCCCAUCGGAAACACAGUGGCCCAUCUGCCGACUAUUUCAAACGUCUUACGUUUGAAUUUCAAAUUCCCUACAUCGGCAGCAUUUCCAUGUUUUAUUUUGUUGUCAGUCCUGACAUCUAAAAUACCCGAACGAUGCAGCCAGUAUAAACUAAGGUCAAAUCCGUAUUUGCCGACCAUCAGACGCAAAAAAAAUUGAAAACUAAUUGAAGAUAUUUCGAGCAAACUAUCCAAUCGCUCAGUGGCAGAAUUACCUCUCAAAGUAAACGGGUAAUCCCACUUUGUGCCGCGCAGCAUGAAAAAUCGAUGCGGGAAUACCAAACAUUUCGGCCUGUAGUUUUGUUUGGAUUUUAACCUUAUUUCUGUAUGUGUUUUGGGAGCCUUUCUCUCCCCCCCCCCCCCCCCCCCCCCUUGGAGUGUCACCCACAAGUGGGAAAACCAACAGGACGAGACAUUCACACUGAGAAUGCGGAUUUGAAACUUUUGAAAGAUAGAAAUGAAGGAGUGCAUGUCGACCUCAUUUCUGAAGGGAUUCGGCAGCUUUGUAUGAACGGAAGCAGGUUACCUAACAUUAAAAUGACGGCGGCUGGGUGCUCCGCACCGGUUUGGUUGUAUCAGACAGAUUCUGAAACGAGCGGGUUUCCAAGGCGUGGAAUGUUAUUUGGUUCAAUCUCCCCUGCCAGAAAGCAGUGAUUCCGAAAUGUAACACCUCACCAACCUGGUGACAUUUAUGAAUCAGUCAGUUCUGAGAAAUCAGACGACAUUCGAACAAAUAAAAAGAAAAUGAAACUUAAUAUUUGUCUAAUAAAGAUUAUCUUGCAUAUUCGGCUUGUGUGUAGAUGAUAUGGACCCAGAAAAGUGCUGUUUGCUGUCAAACUCUGUGAAUGGCCGCAUUAUCUGUAACAGCCCAGUUAAAAGGAUUAACUUUUAACAAUAAAUUAUAUUUGAUUUAA